AUGGAGGCACAGUGGAAAGAAGUGGAGUUGGCGCUCUGGCAAUCUAAACAACAAAUGAUGGCCGGGGAAGAUGGAAGCCCAACAGAAUUUGAGAUUGGAGAAGAAGCUUGGUUGGACGCCAAGAAUGUCAACCUCAAAACCCUGAGCCCCAAACUAAUGGAACAAUGCCUAGGGCCAUUCAAGGUUAUUGAAAAAAUCUCUGACCAGGCCUACCAACUAGAACUUCCCCAGACCAUGCAAAUCCACAAUGUCUUCUAUGUGGGACUCCUAUCUAAGGUCAAAAGGGACAAAAAGCGCACCUUCAAAAAUUGCCCUCCACCAGUCACCGUGGAUGGAGAAGAAGAAUACAAGGUGGAAGGUAUUACCAAUGCCAAAGAAAGGAAUGGGAAAUGGUUCUUCCAAGUCAAGUGGAAGGGGUACAGAUCCAAAGAAAACACGUGGGAACCCUGA